AUGGAGGAUCAGAACCGUAAGCCCAUCAAGGCCCAUGUCUGUGUGCGUGUGCGCCCGUUCACCGAGGCGGAGGCGACUGUCUGCCCGGAGGACAGCCCUGUCCCGCGUGAGGUUGUUGCUUGGGACUGUCACCGCAACUUGACCGUCCUCGAUGCAGCCAACGGCUUUGUCCCGCGCAAAAACGGCCAGUUUGACCUCGACAAGGUGCUGUGGUCGUUUCGUGACGAGGAGCGGCCAAAGGUGGUGGUGCACACGCAGAAGGAUGUCUACGAGGCGGUGGUGGCCCCGAUGAUCCCGCAGAUUGUAGAGGGUUACAACACGGCCUUUUGCGUCGCCGGUGCCACCGGUAGCGGUCGCGUCUAUUCGCUCUACGGCGAAGACGUGGACGGACCAAAUCGUGGCAUUCUUCCACGCUUUGCAGAGAACAUUUUUAACGCCUUUAAGCGGGAAAAACACGAAAACACCAAAGUCACCUGCGAGAUUGAGGCGAUUGACGUCUCCCCCAAUGAAACCUACAUGGAUCUCCUCGCACAGCGGCGCAGAGUUUCCGCGGCCACCGCCGUAGAGGAGCUGAAACUCAUCCACGAUGCCACGGAGGGAAUGAAGCUGCAGGGCGCCACACGAGUGGAGGCUGGGAAAGCGGCUGAUGUCCUCAGUGUUCUGCGACAGCUCGCACGCGUGGUACCUAAGCGCAACAGCUGCCACACCGUUCAAUUUCGCUUUGUGGAGACCUUUGACUUUGCGGAUCCAGAGCAGCAGGACCAGGUGGUGUCCAAGUCGCGCCGCAUCAAUGUGCUCUUCGUCCUGCUACGCAGCAUGCCAGCCGCCUUUCAGCGCUGCAUAGACGUGGCGGUGGAGCACGACAGUGGGGAGAACCCGCUGGCAAAGGUUCCAACCCGUGAAACGGCCUUUACGAAACUCUUUCCAGACCUCCUCCAGCAAGGAUUCAACCUCUCCUUCCUCUGCUGCGUCAGUCCCUUCUACGAACAUGCGCGCGAAACGGUACAGACCCUGACCCUGGCGACAAAGUUAAUGAAGCUGAAGUGCAGGCCGAAGCUGAUGCACGACGAGGCACUAAUGGAGCUGCGGAACCUUUCCGAAGAGGUGAAGAGCCUCAAAACGGAGGUGGUGAAGCAGAUGGAGUCGACGCAGAUUGUGCAACACGAGCUCAAUGCGCGCGAAGUGGAGCUGAUGAAGCAGGAGGCCGCCCACCAUGAGGCGGAGGUAGAGCUGCGUAAGGUGGAGAAGGCGAUUGCGUUGGCGAAACACGCUAUUGCGUUAAAUCGCUGCCGCACGAAGAGGCACAAGGAGAAAUUUGAGCAUGAACACAGCGCCAAGAGGCGACAGAUGGGCGCGACAAAGGCGGAAAAGGACGAGACGGACAAAACUCUUGAGCAGGAGAUGAAGCGCAAGCAGCAGCUUGAGGAGGCAAGGAAGACCUGGGAGCAGAAGGUGGCGGCGCAGGCGGAGAAGAAUGCGGCGUUUGAUGCCCGCCUGAAGGCCGAUGAAGCAAAGGAUAAGAAUAAGGAACGGAUGCAGAAAUUCGUUGCCGCCCCACCGGAGGAGCGACGUCGCAUACUUGAAGCGGAGGAGAAGGAGGGGGGUCCGGAAGGCGCGGCGGCGCAGGCGAAGGAGUUGAAACUCCUACAAGAGGCGCAGCAGAAGGCGGAUAGCCGCUGCCGCGCGCUCGAGAAGGACUACGCUGUCGUCGUCGCCGCAGAAAAGGGAGCCUUGGCGAAGGCGGAGGUGCAGACGGAGACUGCGCGACUGCAGAAGGAGAUUGCGGACGUGGAGGCAGAAAUUGUGCGGCUGCAGGCAGAGGUUGACAAGCGACCACCUGGAUGUCAGUGCGUUUUCAUGUAA